AAUGAUUUUCUUCAGUCUUGCGCUCAUUUCAGAGCCGCCUACGGAGCAUGAGGCCGCAAGAAUCUACUUGAACAUGAUUCUAAUGAUACAUACAACUGCCGAAUCAAGGCGCAACCCAAACUGGUCGGUUCGAUACGAUGGAUGCCUCUACGCAUCUAUCUAUCCAUCGCCAGUCCGUCCUCGCUGAAUGCCAAGCCUCCGUCCGCAUGCGAAGAGACAAGGUCGAAAUGGAAUAGGAGAAUGAAGUGGAUGAAAAUGAUAAAAGGCCAUCAGAGUGGACAGUCCAGCCGGCGUGGAAUCUCGUGGGUCGUCCCUCCCGGCGCUGACCUGAUGAGAGCCAUGUUGUAUUUUUUUUUGUUGACGUCCCGAGGCUGGAGAGGUUUUUUAUUUGCUUUCCUUUCUUUCUUUGCGAUGCCGAGAAGAAUGUCUAACCAGGUGCAGGCCGCAUUGCAAUGACAUCUUCUGUAUCCGUCGUGUCCGGCUGUUGAUCAUCAGGGUCUAUUUGUACAUCGU